CGUUAAUACAACAUGCAAGUUCAUCUAUAAAUAUGGAACCUUAACUCUCGGAUAAGAAUUCACCAAGGCAAUACAUUUUACCUAAGAGAACAGAAAAAAGACACUUAGCAGGUGAAACAAUGUCGUUUAGAAAAGUAGAGAAGAAACCAACUGAAAUGGGCCGAAACAUGACCCACGAGAAGUCGGACUCUGAUUCGGACAACGAAGGAGCCCCCAUGACUGUUGGAGGUUACACUGAAUUCGUUGCCCGCAGCGACUCUGACUGGGACGAACCGGUUUAUUCUGGCAAAGCCCGUUCUAAUUAUAACCUCACCGGCACCGCAAAAGGAACUGGUCCCAUCAAUAGCUUCAGCCGCAAACACUUCCCUAAUUACUAAUCAUAUGGGCAGUGCUACGUAAAAGUGAGAAACGAAGACAUGCAGGCUCACUAGCUAGUUGAAUAAUGCCCAUAUAAAUUAUGUACUAUGUCUGAAUGUAAUAAAUAAGAAUCCAAGGAUGGAUGAUGACGCAUGAACAUAUCAAUGAUUAUAGUCUCAUUGUGCUUUCAUGCAGUAUUUAUACAAAGCACUUAUGGAAUGAGUAUGUUACAUAACUCUACCUAUACUUCUAUUAUUAUGAACAUAUUAAUUAUAUAUAAAAAAAAGCUUAAUCUUUUACAAUACUGUAAGAGAUGAGAACAAUUGUAACAAUUCCACACCACACCAAA